GAGAUUCGGCGGGAUGGACAAAAAUCAGACUGUGAAAACAACAAAAUAGAAGUGCAGUAAACAGUGAGAGGGAGAAUAGUGUUGAGGCUACAAGGCGGGUUACAGCUAGAUAAAUAUGUUCACAUCCUGUUCGAUCGGAUUAUGACAUUACAUGCAUCGUGGUGACAUGCAAAAGAUAAGCAGACUCGUUUUUUAAAAUAUACGAUUGCACACAUUUCCUACAGCGAGAACGAUUUUGACAUGGAAGUGAAGCGCUAGACAGCAAACGUAGCACUUUAUUUUCACUGUCAUAAAAUAACCUGGAAGAUUAUAGACAUCGGGUGGUAUGGAAAACUGUCCAUAGAGAUCACCUAAUUCGCUUUUUUAUAUGGAUUUUAGCCCAACUACAAAUAGAGGAUAUUUUUCAAAAGCGUUGAUCAGCUGUCAAUAUGGCCGAAAUAAAGUCGCUCAGUGAGUCUGACGAUGAAGAUCUACACUCCACAGAUCCUGAUGGUAAGGACAAGAGCAAAGACAAGAAGAUACUGUGCAAAGUCAAAUGGUCUUGUGACGAGGAUGAGAGGCUGAAGAAGUUAGUGGAGCAGCAUGGAACAGACUCCUGGAAAUUAGUAGCUAAUCAUUUCCCAGGGAGGACAGAUGGCCAGUGUCAGCACCGCUGGCAGAAAGUGCUCAACCCAGAGCUGGUGAAAGGACCCUGGACAAAAGAGGAGGAUCAGAAGGUAAUCGACCUGGUGCACAAAUAUGGCCCCAAGCGCUGGUCGGUGAUCGCUAAGCACCUGCAGGGACGCAUCGGAAAGCAAUGUCGUGAGCGCUGGCACAACCACCUGAACCCUGAAGUAAAGAAGUCCUCCUGGACCCAGGAGGAGGACUGCAUCAUCUACCAGGCCCACAAACGCCUGGGCAACCGCUGGGCUGAGAUCUCCAAGCUGCUGCCUGGAAGGACGGACAAUUCCAUUAAGAACCACUGGAACUCCACCAUGAGGAGGAAGGUAGAGCACGAGGGGUAUCUUCAGGAGGGCUGCAGGGGAUUCGGCUUUGACCAUGGGGGGGUGAAGAGAAGUCACCACAGACCCUGUGUCCCCCAACCAGACACCCCCCACCACGGGCACAGCCCUCUGGGCAUGGAAGGACCAACACAGCUCGGGGGUUACCCUUAUAGCCCUCACUGUGGCCAACUGAUGGACAGCCUCCAAGACUCCUCCAGCUACUUAUCGAAUGUGGAGCGUUACUCCAGCUGGGCAGACAGCGUGUCAGACGACACCAUGACCACCAGCAGCAGCAGUCUGGAGGAUCAGGCUGAGGGAGGCUGGAGGGGGGCAAAGGAGGGCCGGGGCCCCCCGAUAGAGCAGGCUGAAGAGGGCUGGAGGGGCCCAGAGGAGGGCCGAGGGCUCCAGGUCCAGCACCACGUCUCCCCCAGUAAGUUCCUGUCUGUGGAGGCUAAUUCCGUGCUCUCCACCUUGCAGACCAUCCCAGAGUUCGCAGAGUCCAUGGAGCUCAUCGACUCGAUGUGUCUGGCUCUACAGGACCCUAUGACGUGGAGCGAGGCGUCCAGCUUCGACAUGUCUGAGGCGACUACCCCCCCGAAACAAACACAAGGGGGCUACGCACCCCAGGGGAGAACCACAGAGGGGAUGAGGUACGCAGUUGACCACCCCAACAGCAUCUCCACCAAGCACUGUGCCCCCAUGGGUCAGGGGAAGGCCCCCCCCCACACCCCGAACAACAUGCCCAGAUCGAGUUUGCCUACCCUGGGGAGGAGGAAGAGGGGGGACCAGUCCCCUGAUCGGAAUUGCCCAUCCUUCUUAGACUCACCAAGCACCAACUCGCCCAAGAACACCCCCACGAAAGCACUGCCCUUCUCCCCCUCCCAGUUCUUCAACACAUCAGGAGGAGAGCAUCUGAGCCUGGACAAUCCAGCUCUGACCUCCACCCCGGUCUGUGACCAGAAGUGUCUCCUCAGCACACCCUUCCAGAGGGAGACCACGCCCAAACACCAGAAAGAGAAUGUGGGUUUCAGGACCCCUAAGAUCCGUAAGUCCAUCAUGGUUCCGACUCCCAGAACUCCUACUCCGUUUAAGAAUGCCCUGGCCGCCCAGGAGAAGAUGCAUGGGCCACUAAAGAUGGUGCCCCAGUCCCUGGCCUUCCUGGAGGAAGACCUCAGGGAGGUGCUGAAGCAGGAGAUUGGAUCAGACAUCUUCACCAGGGAACUACAACCACAUUUCAUUACAUGGAAACAUGAUGUGGAUGGGCCAGCCAGGAAGGUGCGUAAGUCCCUGGUGCUGGACUCCUGGGGGAAAGACUGUCUUAAUGUCCAGCUAUUCCAGGAACAGCGCAAUAAUGCACAGGUCCCAGAGGAGAGUCUCCUGACCAGCUCCUUACUGAUGACCCCCCUCCCUGAGAGAGACCGAGAGGAGCACCCCUGCACCCCCUCGUCUGGGAGGGAGGGGUCCUGUGCCCCCCUGCUCCAACUCCCCAGCCCCCGCAAGAGGAAGAACCCCCCUUCGGUCAGAAUGUCCCACCAUGAUUCACUUAGACAGGUAAAAAGCGAGUGGGAAGCAGUGGUUUAUGGGAAGACUGAGGACCAGCGGAUCAUGACAGAGCAGGCCCGGCAGUAUCUGGGUAGUACCUACCCAUCCUCCGCCUGCACCUCGAGGGCCCUCGUCCUCUGAGGCCUAUGUCACCACACACUACACCCGUGCGGCAGAGUUGCUAUGUAAACCACGCUCCUUCUCCUAAUGACUCUUAGCAUACUUAGACAAUCUGGUGUAGGCAACUCAAAUCAUUUUGAAAGUUGUGUAUUGAUAAGAUCCCUAAGUGAACACUCAAGUGUACCACAGAAUACUUUACAGAAAAAGCCAAGUCAAGCAUUUUUUUCUCAGUCACACUACCCAAGAACCUUGACGUCCUUGAUUUGAGUUUUUGUAGCCAUAAAUUCCUUGGUUUGUCUUUUGAAUACACACAAGCCUAGCCAUGUAACAGGUUUGUACACAUAAGAAAUAGUAGAUGUUCUGCACUAUAAUGUGUUAAAACGGAACAACCUGCACAUACAGUAAGUAGUAAGCUGUAGAAAUAGACUGAUUAUUACUAGCAGUGGCUGAGUCUCAUAUUGUUCAUAUAUUGUUUAAAUAAAAAUGAAAAAAAUCUGUUUUAUGAUGUAAUAUUACACAUAUAUGUAUAUUUUCUAACUUGUUUGUAGAACUACCCUGUACUGCUACACCUGUUGUUUUGAAGUCUUAGGAGCGAGACAGAGCGCUGUCUGUAUGGCACUACUGAGUUGGGGUUGGCUGCAGAGAAGCGAUCAGUGUUGAGGAGGUGACUGGAUAGCACUUGUGAUGUGACUGUAUUGUUUCAAAAUGCAAUCAAGUUUCCGUUCCAAGGCCAUACUUUCCUUUUGCAGUCUCAAGUUGAGACAUUUGUUGAAUGUAUUUCAUAGCGUGAAACUGCGAAGAAACUCCAAAUGGAAGGGUACUUUUUCCCCCCAUAUUUUAUUUAUUAUCUGUAUUCUAAAACGUAGAUAUUAAUAUAAGUGUAAAUUGUAACACAUUCUCCUUUGAGAAAUCUUCCCAAAGCCUUUCCCUGCCCCUAAGAUUUGAUCUGUCAGUUCUACUUCUUACCUUCUAUUGAUCUAGGUUGUGAUUGGGGAAGGGUACACUGAUCCAAAAUCAGAAUCCAGUUGUCAUGUUUGCUACUGACCAAUAGUGCUCAGUGUGCUAAAACGACCGUGUUUAGUUGAGGGGAUCCUCCUGUUCGCAUGAAGGCUGUAUGUUCUAUUUAUUCAAUGUUUACUCAUUUAUUUAUUUAAAUACAAAGAUAAAUGAUCGAAUAAUUAUAUAUUCUUCUUAUCAGAAAAGGAUUGGGCUACCUUUCACCUAAUCUCUCCAAAUUAGACAUAACAAGCAAACAUGCACUGCCACUAAUUCCUUUUUAUUCAGCAAUUAUUUUAACUAUCAGAUUGAGUUAAUUACCAUUCGUAUAGUGACAUCACUGAGUUGUUAUUGAUAGAACAGUUUCCCCUGGAAUCAGUUUGUUUUUUUGUAGCAGGACCCAGUCUCUAAUCAUAGACAAAUUGCACUUUGCUCAUUGUUUUAAGUGUUGUUUCGUUCAUUUGUUUGAGAGCAUGACAUAGCUCGUUUUAUGUGUGUGUGUUUUGGUAAUUUUUUUCAAAUCCAAUGCCGUUAGAUGAAUGUCUCACUACAUGUGACGAUUGAACAUUGACCUAAAUAGGUAUAGAUGGAGCUGCUUGAUGUAUGUUUUUACAUGGCAUGUAAAGAUUUAGCUUUUUGUAAAGAUGGAAAGACAAAAUAUUAUUUUUUGUUGUAUGUCUUCAUGUGACAAUGCAGUUUUCUAUAGCUCUGAUUGGUUACCUCUGUAAUAAAAGGGUGCAGCAGAGUAUCUAUGGUCCCCGUGGUGAUGGUUGGUGUCAUUCGUUCCAACGGUCUUCCAACUGUUUAGAAUCUGGAUUAGAAUCUGGAUUAUCUAGCAUUAAGUGUGUUUGAAAAUAAAAAGGGAAUCUCCUCGGGAGAGUUCACAAGGAAAGAUCAUGUAUGUUCACCCUCUCUGAGCUCCACAGAGCUUCCAUCUCUGAUCUUUCUUAUUUUCCUUCAUCGGCUACACUAAAUAUGUAUGUUCUGUUGGUUGGUUUGACUUCAGUAUGUUUGGUUUGUAACAUGUUUAUGUUAAUACUUGGACAUCUAACCCUAUGUUAUGAGGGAAUGAAGUACAUUUAUAGUAGUUGUUGUCAUAAUCAUGCAUGAACAACAAGCAAUACGCUGGACCUUUCCAGUACCAUGUUUGUACAGUCAUCACAGACGUAACACUUGUCUUAUUUUCUGCUGUAAUCGUAACCAGGUAACACAGAAUUCCUGCCAACUGCAAAUGGAACCAUGUACUUAAUAUGGAACAGUAAUAAAAUGUUAUUGCAUUGCA